CAUCAUGAUCUAUAAAUGGCCAGGUGUGCAACGGAGUGAGCCUACAGCCUACACCAACCCUCCCCUCUCCGCCAGUCCUCCCACUCCGCAGUCUUGCACUGCACGACCCCGGUGCUGGUGGGCAGUGGCGCCACAUCCUCCCUCCUCCGCCGGCUUCGCCUCUCAGCCAACCGCCGCUGCUUACCCCAUAUAGUUAGCUCAAACUGCCAUUUCAAGCACUUGCCGGUCACCCUUGCCAAAAUUGAUGAGCCUCCUGUUCCUGUCUGGCACAAGCAUUUAAAAAUUGCUGGAGCUCGAUUUCGUAGAAAGUCAGUGUCCGAUGGCUUCUUUGAUCAGCUCGUCGGCUUCAGUUCUCAGCCUGUCGUUCGUGAUCCUGUCGACCUUUCAAGGGGCGGUGGCCGGGAUCACGUUCACGUUCACGAACCGGUGCGGCGGCACGGUGUGGCCGGGGGUGCUGGCCAACUCGGGGAGCUCGCCGCUGCAGACGACGGGGUUCGCGCUGGGCGCGGGCGAGGCGCGGUCGCUGACGGUGCCCGCGGGGUGGUCGGGCCGGUUCUGGGCGCGCACGGGCUGCGCCUUCGACGCGUCCGGCAAGGGGUCGUGCGCGACGGGGGACUGCGGGUCCGGCGAGGUGGAGUGCCACGGCCGGGGCGCCGCGCCGCCGGCGACGCUGGCGGAGUUCACGCUGGGCGGCAGCGGGGGCAAGGACUACUACGACGUGAGCCUGGUGGACGGGUACAACCUGCCCAUGGUGGUGGAGGCGGCAGCGCCCGGGUGCCCCGUGACGGGGUGCCUGGUGGACCUCAACGAGCGGUGCCCCGCGGAGCUGCGCGCCGGGCAGGGGCCGGCGCAGGCGUGCCGCAGCGCGUGCGAGGCGUUCGGCCGCCCCGAGUACUGCUGCAGCGGCGACUACGGCAACCCGGACACGUGCCGCCCCUCCGUCUACUCGCAGAUGUUCAAGACGGCGUGCCCGCGCUCCUACAGCUACGCCUACGACGACGCCACCUCCACCUUCACCUGCACCGCCACCGACUACUCCAUCACCUUCUGCCCGCCGCGAGCCGGCACGCCCAACAGCCAGAAGGCGACCAAGGACCCCUCGCCGAGGCCCAACGACGUGCAGCUGGAGGGCGACUCCUGGCUGGCGAGCCUGGCGACCGGCGAGAUGGACGGCGCGACGUCGACGGCGGUGGCGUCGUUGCAGCUCCAGGCCGCGUUUGCCACGGCCGCAGUCGUUGCCUUGCUGAUAUGACGGAAGGGGCUCGCAGCCCUCGCGUGGCGAGACGGCGGCUCUCGAUCGGCAGCGGGAGUGGCCGGAGUCGCUUUCGGGAUUCAAUACAGGAUUGGAGCAAGUAGGAUGAAGACGUGAAGCAUAUUCCUUUUAGCCUUUUGUCUUGUGGAUAGAGGAGUUGACGAGGUGGCAACUAUACAGCUUCUAGUGCUACGGUGACGGUGUCGGUCAACAAGCACGCUCUGCAUUAGGCCCUGUUUAGAUGUUUACCCUUUAACCUUGUAAACGCAAAAAAAAACAUCACAUCGAAUGUUUUAACACAUGCAUGAAGUACUAAAUGAAGUCUAUUUAUAAAACCUUUUGCAUGAAUGGGCUGUACAUCACGAGACGAAUCUAAUGAGCCUACUUAAUACAUGAUUUGCAACAGUGAUGCUACAGUAACCAUCCGCUAAUUAUAGAUUAAUCAUGAAUUAGUUAGCAUCAUUAAAUUCGUCUCGCGAUUUACAACCCAUCUGUGCAAAAAAUUUUGUAAAUAGACUUUAUUUAAUACUUCAAAUUAGUAAGAUUCUAUCGCAAAUUUUUUUGCGUUGGAACUAAACACAGCCUUAGUUUAUUUUCGAUCCCUUCAGCAACACACAUGUCACUCCAGUUUCUUUUUUUCCCUGUAUACACUGUUUAUUUAUUUCCUUAUUCUUCUUCUAUCUCUUCUUGUCACAUGCAGCAUUCUAAGUAGAGAAGUAUAGCAAGAUUUAGCACACCUACUCGCCAUGUCUUGAUUUGGUGUUUUACUUUUCUGAAAGUUUGAGAUAUGGAUGACACCAAGGACUUUGAUAUUCCUUGACAUUUGUUCUCGCUCACUUCUUAUGCUUUCCAACACUGA